UUAUUGUUGAGUAUAAUGCUACUGGACAUUUAGUAGAUGGAGAACUAGCAGAAGGACAGUUUCUUGAUAUUAUGUGUAUAGCUGACAUCAGUCAAUAUAUUGAUACUAGUGUUAGUGUUACUAUGAGUUGGAGGAGAAAUAACACUGUACUGACCAAUGGAAGUGAUUUUACUAUCAGUCCUCCAGUUAUGACUAAUAAUCAGUACACUGGUGUGUUACGUAUUAAUAGUUUAAGAGAUGAACUUGAUAAUGGUGCUAGUUAUAAUUGUUCAGUUAGUGUGACUCCUAAUACUCCUUUUAUAAUAGCAGGGAAUGAUAAUAGCAGUGCAGUUACAUUAACUGUAGCAAGGUUUGACAUCAAUCAUGUUGAUAUAAGUAUCAAUAUUCCUUCUGUUCCUGUUUCUGGUGAUGUAUUCAAUUUAUCUUGUGUUAUAGUCGGACCUCCUAAUUUUGUUGAGAAUCUUACUAGUGUCAGAUGGACUUAUUAUUUACAAGGAUCUCAAGAUGUAGCUAGUGAAAACAAUGAUGCUACACUAGUACCUGUUGUUAGAAAUGGAAAUAUAUUCACCAGUGUACUUACACUUGAUCCAGUGAAGACAACUGAUGCUAGACAAUAUUACUGUCAAGUAGCAAUUAGUGUGUUUAGUUAUAUAGAUCGGAAUAACAGAGAUUUAACUGUUCAAAUACCUCCUCCCAGUGUAUCAGUAUUUCCUAAUCCUCCAACUGGUCCAAUAUAUGAGAGUACAAGUUACUUACUAACCUGUACAGCUACAGUAAACACUACAAUAGUGGAUACACCAGUAACUGCUAGUGUAGUAUGGAGUGAUCCUAGUGGUAAUGUAAUACCAACUAAUGAUACAAGACGUCAAGUGAUACCUCCAACUGGUAGCAGUCUUGUAAGCAUGCUAUUGUUUCAACCUAUUGAUACUGGUCUUAAUAAUGAUGGAGGAACAUAUACCUGUCAAAUGAUCAUCAAUUCUGGUAACUCAUUAAUAGCAUCAAGUCAACCUACUAAUACUACCCUUCCUGUUACUGUUGAAAGUCUUCCUCCAAUGACAGUAGAUUUCUCAUCAGUUGGUUCAUUUGAACUUGGUCAGAGUCUAACUAUAACAUGUACCAUAAAAACAGUUGAGAGAUUAGUAGUAACACCAUUGAUUACUUUCUUUAAAAUAACCAAGACAGAUAUAGAAAUGCUCUCUAAUUUAAAUAGACCAUACAGUAUCACAACAGAUGAUACUGGUUCAGUUACUAACUAUACUCUAAUACUGGAUCCAGUGAGGUUUGAAGAUGCUGGAAUGUAUACAUGUAUGGCUGAGUUUAAUGUAACUGGUUUUAAUAAUACCAAUGAUCCUAGCACUGCUACUUAUGACUAUCAAGAGGCUAGUGGUGUGUUUACAUUGAAUGUUACCUGUAAGCUAAAUUAG